AUGCUGCAGGAGACGCACAGCAACGUCGGCCGAGCGGAAGCCCUCAAGCUGCCGCCGGACAUGCCAGCGUUUUGGAGCGAUGGCACGUCACAUCAGGCAGGGGUCGGGAUCAUCGUGAAGCACGCGUUCCUCGCGCACUUCAAUCCCGUGGUGCCGCAGGAUUGGGUGGAGGUCGUGCCGGGCAGGGUCGCUCUGCUGCACCUCCGCGGCCCCGCUGGCGCCUUGGACCUGGUGGCGGUGCACUUGCCAACAGGACCGCAUGCCAGCUCGGAACGCAUCGCAGUGCUGCAGCACCUCGGCUCGCACGUGCAGGACCGCCAGAAGGUGCUGACGGUCAUCGCGGGUGACUUCAAUUACGUCGUGGCGGAGCGGGACCGCAUCAACAAAGACACUGGGGCCCUCAAGGGGGACGGGGACUUGCGCGACGAACAGGCUUUCCAGGAGCACCUCGCCACGCCACAUGGGCUUCGCGACAUGUUUCAGGCGCACUUCACUUGCGAUUCUUCUCGUGCGAGGUCCAGGCUCGACCGGGUCUACACCAACGUGCACUUGGUCGAUCAGCUCGACAGGCAUUGCUCCAGCGCGGCGCUGCAAUGGUGCAAAAACCCAUCGUGGCACCGCCCCCUCGCCUUUUCGCGGAGGCGAUCGGCGCGCCGACUAGGCUGUGCCAGCCCUCUCCCGACAGCGCCUCUUGAAGAUCCAGAUUGGCUUCCCAGAGUCCGCCGAGAGUAUUUCGCCCUUCUCGCCACGGACGACAAGGCCUCGCAACCGCUAGGUCGAUUGUUGCUGCUAAAGGAGGCUAUAUGGCAGGUUACCAUGACCAUGAGUACGAUGACGAACGCAGUGGCAGCGGUAACGACAGAGGAUAAACUGGGCUGGGCUAUGUUGUUUUUACGGGCAGCCGACGACAUGAAUUUGUCUAAGAUGGCGACGUGCGCCAAGGCAUACCCACGUUUGGCCGCGCUCGUCGACGUAGGCAAUCCGAUUCUCCGCGCGUCCAGCGAGAUGAGGAUCCUUCGCGAGCACAUCAUCGAGCUCGCGCGCCAGGACAUCACAGACGACCUCACUGCGCUGCAAGCAGACACUACGAACGAGGACCAACAGUACAAGGCCAGGCGCAAGGAAAACAUUCUUGUGAAGCUCCGUCGCCUCCAGCCGGGGACGUACUCCGGGCGCAACGCGAUGGCCGACGAGGGCGGGAAGGUUACUGCAGACCCCGCCGAGAUGACCGGGGUUCUGCGCAAGCACUGGUCCAAGGUAUUCUCCAAGAAGGCCAUUGACCAGUCCCUGCUCUCCCGUUGGCUGGAGGACAGUUUUAUGAGAGAUGAGCGGGGUCGGGUGGCCAGCGGACUCAGAGACGCAAGUUCGGCAAGCUGGCAGGUCCGUCGACGGGGCGCGCAACGGGCCGUGAAGUUAUCUGGCAAUGGCGCCGCUGGGCCAGACGGUAUCCUUUACAAAGCGUGGAGGAAGGCAGGCGACCUCGGCGUCGAGAUACUAUUCGAGGCUAUGGGGGGCCCUGUUAAACCAGAUGCUGCUGCUAGGUUACGCGCGGCAUACGGGGCGGAGGUGCACGACUUCAACCUGUCGCUGUUGUCCUGUCUCCCCAAAAAGCGGUCUGGCGUGGACGAGGACGUCGGCGAUAACUAUCUGGCCUCAGCGACGCGCCCCCUCACGAUCGGCAACACGGACAACCGUCUUCUAGCCAAUGCCGCCCGGCUGCGGCCUUCGGGUGCGUUGGUAUUCUUCGACUUCAAGGCGGCGUUCCCUAGCGAGGACCACGACUACCUCUUGGCGGUCCUGGAGCACAUCGGGGUCCCUGGGCACAGCUUAAAUCUUAUUCGCGCUCUUUAUGAUGGCACGCGCUGCCGACUCAUUUGCAAAGGUGGGGACUUCGAAGGUUUCGACAUCCACGCUGGUAUUCGGCAGGGGUUCCCAUUAUCCCCCGUCCUGUUUGCCGUCGCGGUUGACGUCCUCUUGCGGCGCCUCAUGAAGGAGCUCCCCGACGCAACCUUCAGAGCGUUUGCGGGCGACAUCGGCGCUGCCGUGCAGGACUCCCCGAAGAGCGCGGACGUGCUGGAAUGUAUUUUCUUUGAGUUUGCGUCGACUUCUGGAUUGGGACUGAACUUGCCGAAAACGAUGGUCAUCCCAUUAUGGGAGGCUACUUCUGGCGCCCAGGCCGAGGAAUCCAUAUCUGGACUGUCUGACUGGUGGGGCCGGGUCGCCGUUCAGGACAACGUGGAGCAUUACCUCCGGUGCCCAUCUGUCCGGGCCGUGGCUGCGCGGGAACUCCGAUUCAGGGAAUGCGACUGGGAACAUCUACUACUCGCCGGGAGCGGCAUCGACGACGACUCCCUCACGUAUCUUGCCUUGCUGGUGUACGCGGCCUACAACACGUUCAACUUGUUCCACUGUCGCGACAGCCCUCCCAUUGCAGAGAUCGCACAACAGGCGCUUGUACAGAAUUGUCUGAAUGGGGCGCAAGGCCAUGCGGCCAGUGCCCGGGUGCUGGACGGUCGAUGGGCCCAGCGGCCGUCGCAACGACGCCGGUUGACGAAUUAA